UUAAAAAUGACUCUUUGCAUUGCACAUUACACAUCAUUUAUGGACAGCCUCAAUACUUUCAAUAUGUUUGUUUUAUGCUUCACUUUGAUGUAUAAUCAGACAACAUGUUUAAACAAAAACCUAGACUAUUAGUGCUCCCUGAGGAUCAAGACUGGGAACUGCCUUAAUGGAAAAAAAGGAUGCCUUUCAUGUCAUCAAACCCUUAAAUAGAGCUGGGAGGAGUGGUGGUGGGGAACCACAGGCCAAUCUAAGUGGGGAGGAAAGGAAGGAAGAGAGAGAGAGAGAGAGAGAAGGGAGGGAGUGACACACACACUUUCAGAGUACCUAAGAACCAUCGACACAGCAUCCCCACUGUUGGAUAAAACAAGAGGAUUUGAAACAAAACGCAGCAAAGAUGGGUCUGAAGGGCGUAAUUGUGGAAUGUUUUGUGGGAUUUUGGGAUUAUGAGACUGCAAAGGUAAUGGUGGUGAAGAACAGGCCCUUAGGAAUUAUCUAUAGGUCUGUGCAGUUCCUCAUUGUCACCUAUUUCACAUGGUACGUGUUCAUCAUUCAGAAAGCCUACCAGGAGAUUGAGACGGGUCCCGAGAGCUCUAUCUACACCAAGAUGAAUGGGGUCGCCUUGUCAGGGGACACAGUGCAGGAUAUGGUGGAGUAUGUCAGACCUUCAGAGGGCGGUGAUGUCAUCAGCGCUAUUCUGCGGAAAGAAGUGACUCAUAACCAGAGACAGGGUGUGUGUGCUGAGCAUUUCAGUGUUCCGGGUGCUAACUGCACCGAGGACUCGGACUGCACCCCUCAGGAGAUCGGCAUGCAGGGAAACGGUAAGAGGACUGGGCUCUGCGUGCCGUAUUACAAUCAAACCUUCAAGACCUGCCAGAUCAAGUCCUGGUGCCCCAUCGAGGAGUUUGCAGCUGUCAGGGAGCCAGCGCUGAAGGAGGCGAUCAACUUUACUGUCUUCAUCAAAAACACUGUCCACUUCCCCAAAUUCAGAGUCCUCAGAGGAAACACCAAGGGGAAAAAAAAUCUGCAUUCCUGCACUUACAACGCAGUCACUAACAUCUACUGCCCUGUCUUCACCCUGGGGUACAUUGCAAAGCAAGCGGAGGAGAAUUUCACUGAGCUGUGUGAGACGGGAGGGGUGAUCGGCGUUUUCAUCAACUGGAAGUGUAACCUAGACCUGGACCCCUCGGAGUGCUACCCCGAGUACGCCUUCCGACGACUGGACCUGCGCAAGGACCUGAUCUCCUCCGGAUACAACUACAGGUUUGGAAAGUACUACAGCCGGAAUGGCAGCGAGUACAGAUCUCUGGUCAAGGCUUUCGGGAUGCGAAUUGAUGUAAUUGUCCAUGGUGAGGCUGGGAAGUUCAGCAUCAUCCCAACAAUCAUCAACAUGGUCGCCGCUAUGACAUCUGUAGGGAUUUGCUCCUUCCUGUGUGACUGGAUUUUACUGACAUUUAUUGAUAAGAACGAGAUUUACAGCGACGUGAAGUUUGAUGGGAUCACCAGUGACCCCAGUCGAGAAUUGGCCACAGAGAACACAACAGUGAGCCAAGACUCGACCCACACAGACCUCUCUGAUAACGUCCAGCUCUGAUCACCCCAUGGAGACCUCUGUCUGCUCACCUGGACCCUGCUUCCCCCUUAGAAAUCCCUAAAAACAGGUAGCAAAGAGCGGACAGGCACAGGACGUCAGGAGGGCACAACAGCAGGGUGGGACAGCGUGGGCUGAUUCCUGGGGGGUGUCUUGGUCCCAUAAAGGGGAAAGGGUCCAGGACAACGCUAAUGAAUCAGGGAAGACGUCCCCGCGUCUGAUUAAGAACUUAAGAUAAAGUCCUGUUGGACUGUCAGGUAUUUCUGAAUUGUGUCCCUCCACUUCAGUAAUUUUAUUGUGCUACAAAUGUAUUAAUAACAGGUGAAGUUUGGGAGACUGUAGCUUUCUAAUAGUGUUUUCGGCUCGUUGGACAUUCUAUGUUUUCCAAUCCGUAAACUCGGUAGUCACAAUACUUUGGGCACUAUGGCGGAUAUUGUGCCAUACUUUAGAAUUGAGAAUGUGUAAAGGCUCGGAUUUUAAAGGCUUUUUGUCCACAUUCAGCCAAAAAACUAUGCAAAAUAUAUAAAAAGAUUUGGCCCCUUUAAUUUUGUCUUUAGUGCAUGAGUGCAUGUAUUAUAAAUACCUGUAUUCUGAAUGUUUCAUUGUCCAGAAUACUUUCUGCAUAUGAAAAUGAGACAUUUAUACAGCAAAAUGAUCAAGUGAAAGAUACGUCUGUUCUGUAAGCAUAUUAUUUAUUAUAUAUGAUUUUUUGUACAGUUGUUUGUAAAAUCAAGCAACGUGUACUGUAUGUUGGGUUCAGUUUUCUUGCGCCGAGUCAAUAGAAAAUAUCUGCAUGAAAAACUCAAAUGUUUGGGCUCUGCAGUGAAAUACUGGAAAUUGCCGAGCCCCUCCCCCAAACUAACUCUUCAGAGAGCAGAUUCUGUAAAAAGGUUUGAUGCGCUCCGUGGGCAUCCAGCCAGAGCUAAUGCAAUAAAGAAGACAUUUUUCCAACCAAAUGAGUCCAGAUAAUGUGAUUUGAGAGAAGUGAAAAUCUGUUCGUGCAAACCUGAUUAAAGCCAGGGGAGCAAUUGAUAACCACUAGCCCAGGUUUAAUGGACAGGGUUUGAUUUCAGCCCAGGCUCCGAUGACUAUUCACCGAACAGGGGAACAAGACGGACUUAACCCCUUGUGGGCCACUAACCAUUUUAACCUGGGGAAUAUUUUUCAAUACCUUGUACUGCCACUACCACAUUUGUAGCACAAUAAGCCAUCAAGUUUCUCAUUGUGUUUAUUAUUAAGUUCUAUAUAAUGAAUAAAGAUAACACAUACUAGAAAUGAUUAUUCAUUUUAAGAGACAUUGCCUAAUUGAGUAAGUCGUAGCCAAGAUCACUUAAUAAAUGACAAGGUUCUUUAUCAAUCAUUAAUGCCUGCUUCUGAAUAUUGCUGUUAGUACACGAACACAUUGCA